AUGUCUGCUACUAUCGACUCCAACCUCCUCUCCCAGAUUACCGCUGCUGAGAAGACUCUUACCAAAAAGGAUGGGCCCAUCCCCAACGGUCCCACCGCUCGUGCUCAGAAGCAUGUCGGACAGCUGCUCACUGCUCAAGUCAUCCGUGAGAUCACCGACGCUGAGAAGGAGAUCACCGGUUCUGAGCGUCCCACCAAGGGUGGCCCAACAGCGGUUGCCCAGAGCAUCUUGACGAAUGAGGGCACCACUGGCAGCAGUAGCAAUGGCACGCCCAUCACAUCGAACGCCAACCCCAACCAGACUUCGAGCAACGGCCCUAGCGGCUCCGAACAGCACAACGGUAUCCUUGAUUCCGCAACACUGCACAAGAUCACAGAGGCGGAAAAAGACAUCACUGGCAAGGGGCGACCUGUGAAGGGUGGCCCGACAGCAAAGGCCCAGCAGCAUGCCAAGGAGCCCAUCACGAGCGAGGCCCUACAUGACAUCACCGAAGGUGAGAAGAAGAUCACAGGUGGCGAGAGGGUCAAAGGUGGCCCUACGUCGCAGGCCCAGAGCGAGCUUGGAAAGAGCAGGAACUAG